UGUUAGUAACAAUUACAUAUAUAUCAAAUCUAACAAAUCCAACAUUAACGUGGCACUUGGCUCCCACAAAAUACAACCCAAAGAAAAAGGUACUUGUACCCAAUUAGGCAAUUACCCCACAAACUUGUGAUCAUCAAUAAUAAAGACACUACACUCAGCUUACUAGCUACUCUUACUACAACACUAAACAAAAAAUCAGGGGAAAUUUAGAGUAGGGAAGAAAAAAACAUGGCAAGUGAGGCAACUUCACCAAAAAUUCCAACAAUUCAGCUAAGUCAUGGUGGAGUGUCAAUGCCUGUUUUGGGUCUAGGCAUGGCCUAGAACCCUCCGGUACCCGAUGAAGUAACAAAAGAUGUCGUGUUAGACGCGGUGGAAGUAGGCUACCGGCACUUUGACACGGCUACCAUCUAUUUCACUGAAAAGGCUCUAGGGAAGGGCAUUUCUGAGUUGCUUAAACGUGGGAUGGUUAAGUCAAGAGAGGACCUCUUUAUCACUUCUAAGUUGUGGGUUAGUGUUGGACAUCCUAACCUUGUUGUUCCUGCUCUCAAAACUAGCCUACAGAACAUGAAGUUGGACUACUUGGAUCUAUACCUUAUACAUUGGCCUGUAAGCGCCAAGCCAGGACCACCCGCCUAUCCCAUUAAGAAGGACGAGUUCCUUCCUUUUGACAUCAAGGGUGUGUGGACUGCCAUGGAAGAGUGCCAACGACUUGGCGUCGCCAAAGCCAUUGGUGUUAGCAAUUUUACAAAAAAGAAGCUUAAACAGCUUAUGGCAACUGCAACCAUACCACCAGCAGUCAACCAGGUGGAAGUUAACCCUACAUGGCAACAAAAGGAACUAAUAGACUUCUGCAAGGAGAAAAGAAUAAUAGUAACAGCAUACUCGCCGUUGGGUGGCCCUCUUGGAGGACACAACGGAGUAAUGGGAUCCGAUAUACUCAAAGACAUAGCAAAGGCUAAAGGAAAGAGUGUUGCUCAGGUUGCACUGAGGUGGGCAUAUGAGCUUGGCAUUACAGUCGUCGUGAAGAGCUUCAAUAAAGACAGGAUGAAACAGAACCUUGAAAUUUUCGACUUUGAACUGAGCUCAGAUGACCAUGAGAGGAUUUGUUGUAUCCCACAAGGCAGGACAUGUGAUGGACUGGAUUACACUUCACCUUUAGGUCCUAUAUAUACAAUUGAGGAGCUUUGGGAUGGUGAAAACUGAUUGCCAUAAUUUCUAGCCCAUAAGUUCUUGCUUCCUUAGUUCGCAAUUUAGGACUGUUUAAAACUCGCUUUAUCAAGUGUUUAGUAGUUACUAUAUUUAUGAAUAAGUUGUGAACAAG